AUGCCAUCCGGUUCUUGUCCACUGACUUCCCCGAGGGGUUACUGUUACCAUAGCCCACGAAGCGUACACCCACUCGUGGGCGCGACUCGACUACGUCCAACUUGGUCUCGGGGCAUUGCCCUUGACAGACCGUUGUGGGUAGGGGACCCCAACUCCGGGCGGGAUUACCCGUCCUUUUUUCUCGGCUCCUUCGCAGUGGUAGUGUCCUGUGACGGGAAAUUAAGACCUAGGGUGCCAUGCAUCCGUCGCCACUUCCUUUGCAGAUUUUACCGACUCAUCACUUCUCUCCGCCACACCCCGCCACUUUUCCUUCAUCCACCGAGCCAACACGUUUCCGAGUAG